CUGGCAGCACCAUGUCAGCGCGACCGCUGACGGGCUGAGCGAUGCGCCACUAGCCGACCGCCAUGCAGACGGCGAGCGGGCCCGCGGGCCCCGGGGACCGGUCCUGCCGGCGCGGGGAGCCCCAGCCGGCCGACUGAGCGCGACUGCGGGACGGGCGAGGCCGUCCGGGCAGCGGCCGCGGCCCGCCCCCCUUCCCAUCGGGGAGCGCAGAGCUGGAGGCGGGCGUGUGUGGGCGCGCGUGCACACACCUACAGCACAUGCCUGUGUGUACUCGAUCACACACACACGCACACACGCGCGCACCUCUUCACGCCCGGCAGGAGCACGGCCAUGUGAUCCCCGCGGCUCGGGAGCCGGCCGAUCCGCACGCAGGGGCGCCGGGGGGCUGCUGCGCUCGCCGCGCCGGCUUCGCAAGCGUCACGCUGCUCUUCCUGCAAGGACGGCACUGGCACGGGGUUUGAACACGACACUCCUAAAUACAUGAGUUGCUCCAUUUCCUGUGACCAUCUGUCCACACCGCGUCGUCAAAGCGCGUCUCAGUCUCCUCCCGUAGAGGCAGCAGUGACCGGCGGUUGUCCAAGAUGUGUGACGUUUCCGGACGGGGCAACUGGGGUGCCGGCACUCGGUCCCACGACAGAAGACGCUGCAGGUCUACGGCGGCGGUCACCGUGUGACCAGCGCCGCCACACUCCCUGCCGGUCGGCGCUCGCUGAACUUCCCAGCAGUGACUGCGGAAUCCUUCUGGGCCCGUGACGUCGCCGAAGAGGGAAGCUAAGAUGAAGGACACGCCACUCCGAAUGCACGUGCUACUCGGCCUAGCGAUCACGACACUGGUGCAAGCCGUAGACAGGAAAGCGGAUUGCCCGCAGCUAUGUACGUGUGAGGUCAGGCCCUGGUUUACGCCCCGGUCCAUCUACAUGGACGCCUCCACGGUGGACUGUAACGAUUUAGGUCUUUUCAGUGUCCCAGCCAGGCUGCCUGCCGACACACAGAUCCUGCUCCUGCAGACUAACAACAUUGCCAAAAUCGAACACACCGUAGACUUUCCCGUGAACCUUACCGGCCUGGACUUAUCGCAAAACAAUUUAUCUUCGGUCGCCAAUCUUAACGUCAGAAAGAUGCCGCGGCUGCUCUCUGUGUACCUGGAGGAAAACCAACUCACGGAGCUGCCCGACAGAUGCCUGUCCGGGCUGAGCCACUUACAGGAACUCUACAUGAAUCACAACCUGCUCUCCGCCAUCUCGCCAGGGGCCUUCAUCGGCCUGCGUAAUCUUCUGCGGCUUCAUCUCAACUCAAAUCGACUGCAGAUGAUCGACAGCCAGUGGUUUGACGCUCUUCCCAAUCUGGAGAUCCUGAUGAUCGGGGAGAACCCGAUCAUCAGAAUCAAGGACAUGAACUUUAAGCCACUUGUCAAUCUCCGCAGCCUGGUGAUAGCUGGUAUAAACCUCACGGAAAUGCCGGACGAUGCCUUGGUGGGGCUUGACAACUUAGAGAGCAUCUCUUUUUACGACAACAGGCUUAGGAAAGUGCCCCGCGUCGCUCUUCAGAAAGUCGCAAACCUCAAGUUUUUGGAUCUCAAUAAGAACCCCAUUCAUCGGAUCCGGAGAGGCGACUUGAGCAACAUGCUGCACCUGAAGGAGGUGGGCAUCAACAACAUGCCCGAGCUGGUUUCCAUCGACAGCCUGGCCGUGGACAACUUGCCGGAUUUAAGGAAAAUUGAAGCGACCAACAACCCCAGGUUGUCUUACAUCCACCCCAACGCCUUCUUCAGGCUGCCCAAGCUGGAGUCCCUCAUGCUGAACAGCAACGCCCUCAGCGCCCUGUACCACGGCACGGUGGAGGCCCUGCCCAGCCUCAAGGAGAUCAGCAUACACAGCAAUCCCAUCAGGUGCGACUGUGUCAUCCGCUGGAUCAACAUGAACAAAACCAACAUCCGGUUCAUGGAGCCGGAGUCGCUGUUCUGCGUGGACCCUCCCGAGUUCCAAGGCCAAAACGUCCGGCAGGUGCACUUCCGGGAAAUGAUGGAAAUCUGCCUCCCUCUUAUAGGGCCCGAGAGCUUCCCUUCCAACCUGGACUUGGAAGCCGGGAGCUACAUCUCCUUACACUGCAGAGCUACCGCGGAGCCGCAGCCUGAAAUCUACUGGGUGACACCGGCUGGCCAGAAACUCUUGCCUAACACGCUGAUGGACAAGUUCUACGUCCAUUCUGAAGGCACCCUAGAUAUCAGCGGUAUAACCCUGGCAGAAGGGGGGUUGUACACUUGCAUAGCAACUAAUCUGGUUGGUGCUGACUUAAAGUCUGUCAUGAUCAAAGUGGAUGGCUCUUUUCCCCAGGAUAACAAUGGAUCCUUGAACAUUAACAUCCAAGAUGUUCAGGCCAAUUCAGUUCUGGUGUCUUGGAAGGCAAGCUCUAAGAUUCUCAAAUCCAGCGUGAAGUGGACAGCCUUUGUCCAGACCGACAAUUCUCAUGCCGCCCAAAGUGCUCGGAUACCUUCUGAUGUCAAGGUUUAUAAUCUCACCCAUCUGAACCCAUCGACUGAGUAUAACAUUUGUAUCGAUGUCCCCACCGUCUAUCAGAAACACAGAAAACAAUGCGUUAAUGUCACCACAAAGGGGUUGGACCCUGAUCAAAAAGAGUAUGAAAAAAAUGACAUCGUAACAUUGAUUGUCUGCCUCGCGGGCUUUCUGGGGAUUAUCGGCAUGACAGGCCUUUGCAGCUGGCUCUCUCAUAAAAUGAACUGUGAUGUUGGACAAAACUACGCGAGGAGUUACUUACAGAAACCAACCAUCACGUUCAGUGAGCUUUACCCUCCUCUCAUUGACCUCUGGGAAGCAGGCAAAGAAAGAAGUACAGCAUUGGAAGUGAAAGCAACUGUUAUAGGUGUGCCAGCAGAUGUAUCUUAAAAACACCUGACUAAAUCUACUUCAAAGAGAAGCUCAAGAGUGUAGUUGUGCUUGGGGGGGAAAAAAAGCAUAGAAAUACUACUUUCUAGAAGAAAGUUUAAGCUUCACCGAUGCUGCUCCUGACCGAUGGAAACUGUACAAGUUCAGCAUUUUAAUUCACCGGCUUCAAAGGGUACUGUGGCAACCAAAUAAGAUAAUUCCACUUUCUUGAACUCUCAUGUAACUUUUAUGUCUGGACUGCAGUUACAGUGGACAACAACAUUUCCGUAUUUUUUUUAAGUAUGUAAGAGUAGUGGAACUGAGCAAUACCUCCUGCUGUGUUGUAUUACACAUAUUAGCCACGAGUUUUCGCAGUGACCAGAUAAACUUGAAUUGACACGUGGUGUAAUAAAAUGGACAGAUUCUGUAGACUAGACACAGUGAGUAUGUGGACCUCUUUUAUAAGAAAAAAUACAUUUUGGAUUAAAA